UUCAAUGAGAAAGCCCAUGGGAGCCAAUUUGCCCAGACAGGCACCUGUAGGCAGAUGUAGCAUUUCUUUCUUUGCUCCAAUGAUUGAUUUAUUUCUUGGAAGGGAAGAAAUGAUGAGGUAUUACAAUUGCAGAAAAUUGGUGAGUGAUUCAAUGAGAAAGCCCAUGGGAGCCAAUUUGCCCAGACAGGCACCUGUAGGCAGAUAAAGGAUGGAAAACAAGUUGAUGUAGAACAUCGGAAAGAGGAGAUAAAAACAUAGCUAGCGUCUAUCUUGAUGGACAAUUUAUUGUAUCAGCUUCGUCUGAGCACAAAGAAAAUGCAAAGCUUCAAGUGGCAAAAGCUGCUCUAAAAGAGUUGUUCUAUAACCCUUUUGAUAAGAUGGAUGUUGAAUUUGUUCCAUUCCAGAGAAAAAAGAGGGAUCCUGAAUCUAUAACAUUUCAGAAAAAAAAGAUGGAUGUUGAAUUUGACCCAACAAAAGAGUGUGAAGGAGCAAAGCAGAAGCUAAACGGGCUUUGCCAGAUAGAGAAAUGGCCCAAACCAACUUACAGAGUAGAGAAAGAGAUAGGUCCUGUUCAUGAUAGGAGGUUUAUAUGCUCUGUGCAAAUUAUAAUUGCUGAAGGCAUGCUUUUUGUGAGGGGGAUGAAAAGUCACGAGUAAAAGAUGCAGAGAAUUCUGCAGCUUUAGCAACUAUCCGGAGUAUGCAGGAAUCAAAGUUCAGUUGAUUUGUUCAUAGUUCCACAUUCCAAUUCCAGGAUGAAGCAGGUAGCAGGGUUCGUUUCAACUUGGAAGUAUAUCUUACUCAGGAAUAUUUCUCAGACUCUUCAAAAAUAUCGACGUGAGUGCAUGGAAAAUACUUCAAAAGUAGUGCAUUUUUGAAGGUUCUGACACGGGUGCGACAAUAUUUUUUGAUGAUCUCAGUAACAUAGGGAUUCAUGACCUAUAAAGUGCAGUGGACAAGUAAGACAUGAUCAUUCCAUAUCUUACGACUUAGUUGAUUAAUACCUAUAUAUCUAUGUUCCAUGUCUAUAAGUGCAUUCAUCUAAAGUAGGAAAAAUGUUUUCAACUUUUAUGCUGAAAAGAACAUUGAGAAACAUGUGAGAUACCCUUGAGAAAUGUGAAGCGAGCAUUCGGAGCAAAUUGUUUUAAGGUGCAUGAGUCCAAGCAUAUGUGGGGCUAUCACUGAUAUGAUGAUAUGCACAAAUUACAUUAGAAAAUGACUAGUAAAUUUUAUUAUGAUCACCCUCAUUGAUUUAUAUGUAUAUAUAUAGUUAAACGACCCAACUGGGCCCUUUUCAUACACAAAAAUAAGAUCUGUACAAAAAUAAUGACUUAGCCCAAAGUGCUAAUACACACAUAAAACAAGCGAAAGAAAGAAAGAAAAACAAACUACUAUGCUAAAGGUCUAAUUAGGGAAGUGGACAGAGAAAAGGACUCUCAAUCCUUGUAGAGUCCGCUGGAAGUCUCUAUCUCCACACCGUUUCCAAAUUGCAUCUCUACCGUCGGUGCUCCAUUUAUCUACCUCGAGAUUCCCAAAAAAAGGAAUUGAAGAUCUACAUAAAGCAAGUUCAGUCAUCUUUGUGCACUUAGUAUUCCGAAGACGCACAAGUGGAGGAACACUUCACGGGCUUGAAUCUCAUCCUCAGGAAAUUGAAAUCGGUAAUCUCUGAGUUCUAGACUUCGCUGCUGUUAAGGUUGAAGUCGUUCUUCCAAUGCAGAUCUAUAAGCCAAGACGUAACCCAUCUGAAGCUUAAUGCGUACAACCAUAAUUUGGGAACAGAAGAAAAAAGAGAGAAAAUAAAGUAGGUAAAGCGAAAGGAAGAAAAAGAUAAAGACAUUCGAUUAAGGCUUUAGAAUGACAAACUUACCUCAGUCUCCCUCAGUCGGUGUCAGCAGUUCCUCAAGAGGUAGUAUGUCAUCAUCGUCUUCUAGUGAAGGAGCACCGGUCAAUAGGGAUCGCCAAAUGCAAUCUGCUCAACAGCUUGUGCUUGAUAUCUGCAACCCGAAUCUUCGUGAAAAUGCUCUUCUGGAACUUUCCAAGAGGAGGGAAAUUUUUGAGGAUUUGGCCCCGGUAUUAUGGCACUCUUUUGGUACCAUUGCUGUAUUUAUACAGGAGAUAAUUUCUGUCUACCCUGUUUUGUCACCGCCAAACCUGACUCCUGCACAAUCCAAUAGAGUUUGUAAUGUACUAGCACUUCUUCAGUGUGUAGCCUCUCACCCUGACACCAGAAUGUUGUUACUCCACGCAUAUGUUCCUUUGUAUCUGUACCCCUUUCUUAAUACAACAAUCAGGUCAACACCAUUUGAACAUUUGAGGCUUACAAGCUUAGGUGUUAUUGGUGCCCUUGUGAAGGUAGACAACACUGAAGUUAUCAGUUUUCUUGUUUCGACAGAGAUAGUUCCUCGGUGCUUAUGCUCAAUGGAGAUGGGGAGUGAACUAUCAAAAACAGUUGCGACUUUCAUUGUGCAAAAAAUCCUUCUAGAUGAUGUGGGUCUGAAGUACAUCUGUACCACGUCGGAUAGGUUUUUUGAAGUAGCUCAAGCUUUAGGGAAUAUGGUCGGUGCGCUUGCUCAGCAGCCUUCAUCAAGAUUGCUGAAAUACAUAAUCAGGUGCUAUCUUCGUUUAUCAGAUGAGCCAAGGGCUUGUCAGGCACUGAAAAAUUGUCUUCCCGAUAGGCUUAGAGAUGACACCUUCAGCAGUUGUCUUAGUGAGGAUCCAACAACGAGAACGUGGCUGCAGCAAUUGCUCCUUAACGUUAAUGGGAAUCAGGUUGCCCCAGAAGCUGGAGGAUUUGAUUGGAUGCCGUGAACUGAAUUCGUACAAAUGGGACUUGAACUAAGGAUGAAUUUCUGUACUCAUAGGACGUGGAAUUUGAUGGAGUACUGCACUCAUAUUUAUUUAUAUGUACUGCACUAUGUGAAUUGUUAUGAAGAUUAUUAUUAGGAUAUUAAGACUAGUACUGUACCUUUACUAAGCCUGUCUAUUUGGUUUUUUUCACUUGGUGUCCGGUACUCGUAUCAAGGCCUAUCUAGAUUUGGAUUCGUGCUA